UCGAGGGCGUCUUUCACACCUCUCUUCUCAUAGGCAUUUCUCAUUUCUGAAACUGGUCACACAUACGGCUGAGCUUUUUGAAUCUCUGCCUGGAUUCCCUCGUGUUAGGAAGUACCACACACAGACUGGUCAACUCCAUCAAGAUCUCAGACUGCUGAUCAAAUGGCAUCAGACAGUAUGGAAACUGACACUCACAUGAAACCACAAAGGAACUCAAUGUAAAUAUGAAUGGCUCCCAGGUCUGCCUCUUGCUGUACUGUGUGGUACUCAUGGGAACAUCAGUACUUGCUAAUGACGGUAAAAUGAAAAAUGAAACUGAAAAGGGAGCUGGGGCUAACCAUAACGCAACCAUGGGACCUUCUGAAACUACACAUUUAACACAAUUUAACAGUUCAACACAUUUUCAGUCAGAAUCAACAACACCAGCUACCCUCAACACCAGAGAAACAUCUGGAACCAAUAGCCCAGUGAACACCAACAACACACCAUCCAGAGCCAACACCAAACCUAGUGCCUACCCUCCACUUAAGGCCCAAACCAGCCCCACGUUCAGCCCCUGCCGCAGCUCUGACUUUCUGUUGGAUAAGAAGGAGGCCACCAUCCUGCUGAUUGUGACAGGUGCCCUGGUGGUCCUGUGUGCCAUCCUGCUAGUCUCCACAGUGGUGCUGUCAUGCCAUGUGUGCUGCCUGAAGCGCCAGCCCCGCAUCAGCAGCCGCCCUACCCGCAGCAACAUAGACCUGGUGAGUGGUACUGGGUACUGGGGCACUGGCCAGAGGACCAAGGAGAGGCCUGACUCUGAGCCCGGUGAGACCAGCCUGAUGAUGGCAGAGCUCAGACAGACCCAGGAGGGGGAGAACGGCAAGACAGACAAGGGGCAAGAAGAAAAUAAGAUGGCGAAAGAUACACCCAAGAAGGAAAAGAAGGAAGCCACGGAAAAUGGGGUGGCAGCAGCUGCAAACCCGAGCCAGGGGAGCCCAGUCCCUACCACCACCAAACAGCCUGCAGAGCCCUCUGACCCCACAGCCACAGCAGUCUCUCCCCAAUCACAAGCCUCUAGCGAUGUUGUUGUGGUGGUGGGGUGAGGGCUCUCACAUGGUGACCUCCUCCUCUGACCUUGGACCAGAAACAAGCUCAAACCACUGGUCACUGUCCUCAGAUGAUGGGAACAGCACAGUUUUAUACGACAGCUUCUAUUGGCAUGCUGUAAAGAGAUUUGCUUUUGCACUGAGUGUUUGCUUAGAGUGAUUGUGUGGUUUUGUAUUUUAUGCUCGCAUUCUCAUUCAAAACUUGAAAUAAUGAAAUAAUUACCAUUAUGACCAUGUCUAUACCAAUUAAUGUACCACAAGAAGUUAAAUAUCAUGUGAAUGUUUAAUAUUUGUAUGAAUUUGUAUUUGUGUAACAAAAAUAGUUAUAAGUUAAAAUGUAUAGCCAUCAUCAGUGUCACUGAUAAGAGGAAAUGACUCCUGUUUGGUCUAGUGGUUGUAUCACAGCUUGCUUGUUGUCACAAUUCAUCUGCCAUUUCCCUCACUUCUCCAUUUUUAGACAUUCUAAAUUCUGCAAAAUGACAAAACAGAACCAACCAGCACUAAACUGUAGUAUCAGCUUAAGUAGACCAUUUAAAGGAACUGUUUAAGCCACAAACCUCUUCCAGAAACACUCCCACAAUGUUUUCCUACAAGUCAACAUCACUUCCUUGGUGUUUUCGAAACAGUAAAGAAGAGUUCAAAUGUUUCUGCUCUAGCUUUAUCUGCCCUUCCGUUUCCAAGCCUUUGAAACAAUAAAGAAUUAGGACACUU